AUGUCUUCCUACGUGUUUAACGGUUAUAUUGUCACGCCUAUUGGUCCGUGUUCCUUUGGCGCUGAGGUGUCCGGUAUAAAUUGGAAACAAUCGCCGUUGCCAGACUCCUGCAUCGAAGCCUUGGUCUUACUGCAAAACAAGUAUGGCGUCAUAGUUUUUCGCGAAACCGGACUCGACAAUGAACGCCAAGUUCGCUUCGCAUCGCAACUCGGAGAGCUCGAGAUGAAUCCUGCAUGGGGUGGCACUAAACGCGUGGGAACACCGUAUCUUUUUGAUGUUAGCAAUAUAGAAGAUGAUGGAAGUGUCGUUAAAAAGGGUUCCAGGCGCUGGGCACAUUCUCUAGGAAACGCCUUGUGGCAUACUGAUUCUUCCUUUAAUCAACAUCGGUCGAAAUACUCUCUGCUCUUGGCGCAUCGUGUCCCUGGAGAGACGCAGACUGUCACGGAGUUUGCAGACACCAGACAAGCCUGGAAGGACGUGCCAGAAGAGCAGAAGGUGGAACUGCGUAGUCUGAUCGUUGAGCACAACUUGUGGCAUUCUCGCCGUCUUGCUUCACCGGAUAUAUACCAGAAACCGACUGAGGAGGAGCAGAGGCUGAAGCCUGGAUCUUAUCAUCGACUUGUGCAAAAGGCACCCAAUGGCGGGGAAACUCUCUUCAUUGCUGCGCACGCCAAGACACUAUUUACAGGAGAAGGCAAGGAAGUUCCAGAAAGCCAAAAGCUCAUCUGGAAGCUCAUCGAUCAUUGUACACAACCUCAGUACACCUUUUCCUGCGAAUGGCUUUCAGCAGGAGACAUGAUAUGGUGGGACAAUCGUCAGUCUAUGCAUCGUGCAAGCCCGUACAGCGAGGCCAUGGGACCUCGAGAUGUCAGAAGGGCGACAGUCUAUGACGAUGGCGACAAUGCAUUCGGUGUGAAAGUGCCGCAAAGUGUUCAAGGCUGCGCACCCCUAUCAGUCAUCGUACCUUCUACCGAGGAGGGUGCUCUCUCAGUAAUUGCUUCAACUUCUACGAUUUUAAAGGGAUAA